ACAAACAAAAAGCCCGUAGUCGCGUUUUAAAACCAUUAAGUAAUAAAUAAUUAUUUUGCUGUCGUUAAUGUUAUUAUAAAUAUUUAUGUUGUAAUACUCAUGUCAUUUUAAAAAUUCAUCAUUUCAUAUAAUCGAUGUGAAUGUACUGAACUAUUGUAAGGAUGUGUUCUCAUAGAGCUUCACGAGGAUCAUGUCACUGAUCCUGUUUGCUUUUGUGGUCCGGGUCAGGGACGGACUCCCUCUCUCCGCCUCCACUGAUUUCCUGCAUGACAAGGAACUUCAGGAGAAAAAGCAACAGCUCAAAGUCAUCUCGAAAUCCUUGAAUGUCUUACCAGAGAGAGGGACAGUCAAGGGUCAUGAGCUCAACAUUUACUUCCUCUCAUGUGAGGGUGUGUCCUACAUGAGCGUAUGUGCCUGUGCGCUCCCUGCUGCCACGGCCUUCUGCUUCUUGGAGGACCUGCGCUGGGAAUUCACAGCAUGCUUUGACAACUCUGCAGUGGCCAUGGCAAACAGGCCGUACCCAUUUCUGGAGUUUGAUAGUGCCAUUCAAAAACUUCAGCAGCAUUAUAACCAGAAAGGGGGUCCGUCUCUGGAGGUGACCCUGGCCGAGGUGCAGGAAGACCUCCGGAGCAGCCCCCCUCAGGUUCUCACCAUGGAGGAUGUGGUUCUCAGCAAUGGAGCUGCCAAUGGACAUGUGGAGCAAACAGCUGCAUCAGGUCAGAGUCAGAGAUUGGAGCCAGUCUCUGCACCAGGGAUUCUCUCACUGGUUCUUAACAUCUUGUGUGCGGCGCUCAACCUUAUCCGUGGUGUUCAUCUUAUCGAAUACACCUUCCAGGAUGAUUAUGAUGGUUUGUGGAAUGUGGUGGCAUUUCUUGUGUCAUUUCUCUGCUGCGUUUGCCAGUGUCAUCUGUACUUGUUCCACACCUGCCAGAAGAAGCUGAAAUCUUUCACUCUCCUGACUCUCAUCGUCUUAUGCAAUGCUUUUCUCUUCGGCCCGAGGAACAUCUGGCAGCUGGUCUUCCACGUGUCCGUGGCCUGUCUCUCCACACUGCUCACCCUCCACCGCAAACUGCAGGACAGAAUCACAGACUGUGGAGUAUGAGGACUUCAGCCCACUCUGGGUGAGGAUUAAACACAUCAGAUGAGACUGGCGACCUCGUGGCUCACCUAAACUGUUAUUUGAUUUUUGCUUGACUUUUGCUUUAAUCUAAUGGUAAGUUUAUUAUGUAUCACAUGAAUGGUGAGUGCAAUAGCUUUUUUUUGGCAGGGGUCUUCAGUUACAUUAAUGCAUAUCAGAAAUCAAGUUUUACCUAACUUAUGUUGUGAAUGUAAUAUGAAAAACUCAAUGAAAAGAUAUGAAUUUGGUUCUGUUAAGUUAAUGUUAUUUAAUUUAUUUGCUGCAAAAUAAGAAUACUUAAAGUUGCUUAAGCUAAUUUAUAGUAUUGGAUAGUUCAAUUAACCCUUUAGUAGAACUUUAAAGAUGAUUGAUAGCUGAAAUAACCAUCUUUGGCACUUUGAGGGUCAAAAAGCAUAUACAGGGAAAUCAACAUUAAUACUUGUGGUUCCUGAUGAUACACUGGUUUAUUAUGUAGUGAAAUUAUGAAUAUAUUUUCAGCUGAACGUUGUCUUCAAUGAUGUACUGAAGAAAAAAGUGACCUACAUUUUGGUGACCACACUGAAUAAAAAAACAGCAGAUUUUGAGUUGAAAGAACCAUCUAUUUCAACUUUCAUUAGUUUAAUUGUCGCUAUAAAUGAACUGAAAGUGUUUUGGUUUUGGGUCUGUCAUUUUAUUUUAUGAAGGAAAUUUUGUAAUUAACAAAAACACUUUGUUUUCCUCUUGAACGGUGUUUGUUAGUAGGUUUAUAAGUAUUUUUUGUUGAAAUUUUAGUUAUAUAAUUUGUAAAAAUAUACAUUCAGUUUGUUAAGCUAGUCUUCAUUGUUUAAAGAAACUUUUAAGUAGCCAACUUUUUAUAUAAUACUCAUUCCAAAGACUGAAAUGAUUUCAACAAAUUGUCAUAAUACAUUCAUUUAUCAAAUUAGCAAAAGGAAACAGUAAUACAAAAAAUUGCAUUUAUAUCAUUUAUAACCAUUAUUUUUGGUCCGCAUACAUUUAU